CUCAGAAUGCUCAAGGUCCAGGAGCUAGGUAGGGAGUCGUCUGGAGUUUGCCAAGAUGGCGGCUGAUCAUUGUGAAGAAGCUUGUUGACUUUCUUUGUCAACAGAAUCCAGUCUUCAAGGAGGCGGACACGUCACAAAGGAGGCGGACACUUUACUGGGGACAAUUUUAUGCUCCUCCUUGCUGCUACCCUUCCAUAAUCACGAAAGGUGCCCCGUUCCAUUUCUAAUCUGAAUCUCAAAAAAUGCUGAUGUGGGACCAUAAUGUGAAGAGAAAUGGCAGAGGCCAAUCCACACAUUACGGGUCAAAGCAGUAAGAAACGAACAUUACGGCCUAUGGAAGGUCCAGCGAACAUGAAGCGCCAGCUACGACAGGUUCCUGGAAGUAUAGGAAACGAGACGUCUGAGCCUCUUUCUUCUGAGCAGCAGCGAACACCACCUCCAGUUGCCACCACUUCUGGUCAGCAGGACUGUGGAGUGGUCGUGCAAACUAGUCUGGGAUCUAAAUUGCCUGGUGGCGCCAUCGCUCAUGAAAUGACUGUCUUCUUGCCAGGGCUGCUGCCCCCAGCCUUACUUGCAGAGAAGCAAGCGCUCUACAAAUCGAUGUUUGGAUCUGAGUCAGGGCCUGCACCAUCGGAUCAGAGCAGCCGCCUUGCGCGCUUUGAUGCCAAGUAUGAGCGGUCGACUGAGAUUUCCGAGGCAAGAGAGAACAUCCAUCAAGGGCGCUGUGAGGUCAUCACUCAGGAAUGCCACCCGUUCAUCUAUGGGUCCUCAGCGAACGAGAAUGGGGAGGUGGUGGCUAUGACGGGCGCAUCAGGAUACAAACGCUGGGCCCCUCAUCUGAUGAUAUGCAGGCGCCGGACUGAGCAAGAUGAAGCCGCAGAGGGAGAUGAAGAAGAGGAACGAGUGCAACAUGGAAGUGCCAAGUUAGAAAAGGAAGAAGAAGAAGGAGAAACCUAUGGGCCAGGGGCUGGGGACAAGUUGUUCAUUGAUUCUUUCAGAAACCCCGGGUUCUGGGAGCCAGGUUCCGCAACUUGUGUGGAUGAUGAGCACGGUCUCGUUUGGGCCUGUGGCGAUUCUCGUAUCAAGGCCUUCCCUUUUAAUGAUCCGGAACUGCCUUGCAAGCGCACGCUCCAGGCCGGAGGCGAGGUGCUGGGGCUUGCAAUCAAUGAAGAUAGGCUGUACGCCUCUGUGGGAAAUACGAUCAAGUACUGGAAGCUGGGCGAGAUCAAGGAGCACAAAGAGGACGUUUCGUCUGGCGAACUGACGGACUAUGAUAGUAGCAUGACCGAAGAGGAGCGAGAAGAGUUCGAGGAGAAGUACGAGAAUCGGCUCAGCUCCUCGAUGUUGGACGAAGGCGAUAUAUACGACGUCGAAGUCACCCGCGGCCAACCCGCCCACGGCUCUUUCGACAUCCCAGUUACGUUCAAGUCACUCCUCGCUCUCCCGACCAGCGUCGCCGCUUCCCCAUCUCUCGCUGCCACCAGAAACCGGGGCACGACGCUCCAUGUCUUCGAUCUAGAGCGAGGAAAGAUCUCGACGACGUUUACCGGGCAUAAGAAGCAGGUUGUGCAGAUCAGCGCGGCGGCGGGGCUCCCGAACCUAGUUGCGAGCGCGAGCUGGGAUGCGAGCGCGCGGGUCUGGGACGUGCGGACAGGCGGGGCCGUCUGUACGCUCAAGGACCGAAGUGACGAGAGCCUAUGGGGCGUCGCUCUAGUUGCAGCGGAGGGCGGCUACCCGUUUUGCUUCACUGGGGGACGGAACGAGUCGGUCCUCGCAUGGGACCUGCGCAUGCUGCGCAGCCUCUACGAGCUGAGCACCGGCAACAACCACGUGUCAGCACUUUUUUGGACCGAACCCUCCCAAUCAUUGCUAGCGAUCACGUCAUGUCCGCAUCUUGACGACUGUGGCAUGGGUGAGUAUUACGAGGACGUUAUCGACCCGGAAAACCACGGAGAGCCCUAUCGGUGGCCCAGACCAGCGCGACACGGGGUCAAGGAUUUCCCGGCUCGAUGGGAUGCGGGCAACCACCUCUUCAUACGGUAUGCAUUCAUGCGGUGCCCAAGCCAAAAGGUCCCCCAAGCGAACCAGCCGUGGCCAAACGAACCGUACGACCGUAGGUCUUGGUUCUAGGGGAUUCUGAGAUAUUGCACGUCAGAACCUAUUCUGCAGUCGCAGGUGACUACGAGUAGGACGUCGAAUUGGAGUCCAAAGAUUUUACAUUGAACAAAGCUUUUCGUUUUGAAAACGAGAGCUUUUCUGUUAGAGCAAAGCAUGUUAGUAACGUGCAACACGAGUUGCUGCGAAGUGCGGUGUAUGUCUAUUAGCAGAUUAUUCUGUUCCGAACAACCGUCUCGGUUCCACUAGUAGAAAAGUGCUUGUGUCCGACCUGGCAACGGCGCAUCUACUCAUCCACAUGGCGCUUCAUAGGAUCUCCGGACACUUGCUCUAGGACGAGACGCUUAAUCAUCUAAACGGCCCGAGACCAAACGCAUCUUGGAGAGGCUCAUGAGGCCUUACAUACACGGACGCAAUCAUCAUUGUCUUUACAAAACAUGCUCUGAUAAAUCAAUCUUCAAGUCUCAAUCGAGAUGUAGU